ACUAAACUCACUACAAGUGAAAAUGGUGGCAGCUAGUAUGUCCAAGGCGGCCAGCGUAUGUGCCACCUGUAAAGCUCGGAAGAAGCGAUGCGACAAGUCACUGCCGUGCUGUGGCUAUUGCGCUCACCGGAACCUGGUCUGUCGGUACCAGAACACCAGCCCUAACCUCCCGCCGCAUACACCAGAUGCAAACUUGUCUCGCUCUUCUCCAGCCCAGUCGUCACGUAGCGUCCGGAGAGGUUAUGGCUUUGACUCAGUUAGCACUGCCAAAUAUGUGUCACCUCCUAUCCUCUUCCCCAGUCUUGCGUCCAGCCUCUACCUCCCCACCGACGGGCAGACUCCGACUUCUGCGUCCCGACUUUGUACAGAGACACAGCGACUCCUCGGAUCAAUGGGCUUGUAUCUGGAUGAGAUCAGCGUGCGCUAUUUUCAAGGGAUCCACGCGUUUGUUCCCAUCAUCUCCCGACGAAGAUUCCACGGCCGUCUCCUGUCUUUCGGGGCUGAUCCGCAGCCCGACUUUGCCCUACUUUUACUAUGCAUGGGGCUCCUCACCAAUUCCGCAGACCCGCUCGGACAAUUAAGCCCACAGCGACCCCACCCUUCUGCGGACGAAGUAACCCUCUACGUAGCCACCAAGUCCCUGAUGGCGCAAGCGCAUGCCCUUCUUCCACUCACGACCCAUCUCAUUCAGGCUGGCGUGCUCCUAGCGGUCUACGAGUACGCCCUCGGAUAUCCGGAACGGGCGUUCGUGACAAUCGGUACAUACGCUCGUAUGGCGUAUGCGGCGGGAAUGCAAUCUGCACCCUCUGUGAAUACCACAAGUACCACUCGCACCGACUGGCUCGAGGAGCAAGAGGAAAACAAUACCCGGUGGGGGAUCCGUAUAUGUGAGCGAACAUUUCUUUGCGAACUAGCCGUCCUGAAUCAACCACUGGCGUCUGUAAUGCCAGCCGGCGAUAUUCGUCUGCCGCUCGAGUCCCGCAUCCUGAAUCAAGGCAGCCCGACUGUGGCACUUGCGUCCAGUGUUGCAGUACAUGCCCUGGAUGCCCCUGGGAUUGGCGGCUUCGGGCGCGCCGCGCAAGCCGCAUGGCUGCUGGAGGAUGUACUGCGGGGGUUAUGCUUCGCGGAUCCGGAUCGCCAGCGAGCCCACCUGAUUCAAUGCGAUCGGACCAUGCAAUCUUUUCUGACCACCCUGAUGCAGCAGAACGAAGGCGGGUCUUGGGGGGAGUUCUGUGUGGCGAUUGCGCUGACGAUCCGUGCGUUGUUUCUUCUCCAUAGCCAUCUACUCGGGAGAUGCGCCGGAACCUCCUCAAGUGACUCCCAGCCGGCUAUCUCUCACCUCGCUUUGGACACGACUACCAAAAUGGUGGUUGACAUUGCCGCCACCAGGGAGCAUCUUGCGGAUAGUCAGAUCGACCGUCUCCCUCCGAGCUGUAUGUAUAUUAUUCGCGCCGCGUUGAAGCACCUCCAUGAUGUCAAUGAUCGCGCGACAACGGCGGACGCACAGCUACGUACUACUCUAAGGAAACUAGAAGGUCGGUGGGGCGGGGACUGUCCAGCUGUUUGACUCUGUCUGCAGUGGCGUAGAGCGCCG